AACAGUUUCAAUAAAACAAUGAAAAGAAGGAAAUAUUAAAGAUGAAAUACGUCAGUUUGAUAAAAGAGACGAUAAAAAUUUUACUAAUAUUAAACAAAUUAGUUAUGACACUUGACGUAGAAGAAUUGGUAGAUGAUAAUUUUGAAAGUGAUCAAGGAAUCGACGCUGAGUUUGAUGGUGAUGAACGAACUGAUGUUGUGAUUGAAGACGAUGGUGUUAGCGACAAAGAAUUAGUUAGUUUAUUAGAAAAGAAGUAUAGAUUUGUUAAUGACAAUAGUUCAAAGAGAUAUCGAAUAGAAAGCGAUGGAAAAGUUUAUCCAGUUUUCCCAGAUUCAAAAAAGGAUCGUCAACUUGCUUGGGCAUUUCGAAGUUAUGCCGUACGUCGAAUAAUAGGGGGUAUGGAAACGUGCAUCAAUAUGUAUCCGUACAACGUCGCCAUAUCCAGGACUGGGAAGCAUUGGUGCGGGGGAUCCAUUAUUGAUGAACAGUGGAUACUGACUGCUGGACAUUGUUUUGAAUCAGCUCAUGAUGGUGAUAGCCGGAAACUGGUUCCAUUUAUCGUGAGGGCGGGCAGCUCGUUCCAUAACCGCGGCGGAUAUCAAGCAAGAGUGAAUAAAGUUUUCUUCCCAAUCAGCUACUCGCCUGGUAACGCAGACUUCGACUAUUCGUUGUUGCGUCUUGACCGUCCUCUGCCUAUUGGUCGAAACAUAGCCGUCCUUAAUUUACCAGCGAAGGAUUACUUGAUCGACCCUGAUGACAUACUGAUUGUAACUGGAUGGGGAAGCACUCAUGAAACCGGUUUCGGUCACAUACCAGAACGGUUGCGCUUCGUUCCAGUACCGAUAAUGAAGCUACAGGAGUGCCAGAAGGCUUACCGCUUCUACAUUACACCGAGGAUGCUGUGCGCAGGAUACGCUACAGGUGGAAAAGAUGCAUGUAACCACGACUCCGGUGGUCCAGCAGUGAGAGACGGCGUUCUAAUUGGUAUAGUUUCGUUUGGUGGUAAGAAAUGUGGUGAUCCUCGGUCCCCUGGAGUCUACAGUCGCGUCGCUGAAAUAACAGAAUGGGUGGAGGCGACCAUAUCUGAUAAUGAAGCGUACACCGUCCCGGAGCUAAAGAAGAAGAUAGAGAAAGCAAGGCAGAGAGAGAGGGAAUUAAAAAAAUUCAAGGAGCGCGUCGAAGAAAAAAAAAAUAAGAUAAAGAAUUGGAUUCGAGAAACACUAAAAUCUCCGACAUUCCUUCAACUAGCUAAAAAGAAACUGACGGAAGCUGGAUUCAGUGUUCGAAGAAACUUUCGAAGAAUAUUGAAUGAACCGGAAGUACUGGACGAAAGGACAAUGGAUGAAAUUAAUUUGUCGAAUCUUAUUAAUGAAUCGAUUUUGGAGGAUGAAAACGAAAACGAGUCAGAAUUACUUUUAAGGAUGUUGGCUAUGCAAGAGAUUAUAUUGAACGGCAACAGUGAGGAGCUACUGGUUAACAAAGAGAGUAUUGAAGAAGUUGAGGCUCUAGUUGCGUAUUUAACUAAAAUAAAAUAAUCAUAAUAUAUUUCGCUUCACAAAAACAAAUAUUGCAUAAUAAAAAAUGUGGCCGUUUUAAAUUAAAAUACAACCGGCUUUAUUAGUUUGAUCGUAGAACACGAAAUAAAAACUAACCAAUACAUUA